AUGAGGACAGACAACAACGAUGACAACCUUGACUUCACCCUUGUGCAGUCUGCCAGCCAGACAGGAAGUCCUAAAUGUAGAACCGCCGUUUCCCCUCACAGCUCUGAAGGCUGUACUGUGGUGGCCCUAGGGAAGAACAGCCGCGGCUACCACUACAUUCUGUCGAACCUUGGAUUUUCUAAUGUAAGUUUGGACAAAGUCUUUGCCGGAGGAGCCAACAUUUCAGGGUUUCAGAUAGUCAACCCCGAGAACCCCAUUGUGCAGCAGUUUAUGCAGCGCUGGGAGCGGCUAGAUGAAAGAGAAUUCCCAGAAGCCCGGAACGCUCCUCUGAAGUACACUUCAGCGCUGACCCACGAUGCCAUCAUCGUGAUAGCGGAGGCCUUCCGGUACCUGCGGCGCCAACGCGUGGACGUCUCCCGCCGAGGCAGCGCCGGAGACUGCCUCGCCAACCCGGCUGUACCUUGGAGCCAAGGCAUCGAUAUCGAGAGAGCUCUCAAAACGGUCCAAGUGCAGGGGAUGACGGGCAACAUCCAGUUUGACAACUACGGCCGCCGAACCAACUACACCAUAGAUGUGUACGAGAUGAAACUAGGUGGGCCGAGGAAGAUCGGGUACUGGAACGAGUUCACACGAUUUGUAAAUAUUAUGGACCCGCAGGUCACCAACGACUCCUCAGUGGAAAACCGAACGAUUGUGGUCACUACUAUUAUGGAAGCGCCUUAUGUGAUGUACAAGAAAAAUUAUAUGCAUCUGGAGGGGAAUGACAGAUACGAAGGCUACUGCGUCGAUUUAGCAUCUGAGAUUGCCAAACAUGUUGGAAUUAAGUACAAACUGUCUAUAGUAAUGGAUGGGAAGUAUGGAGCCCGAGACCCAGAGACCAAGCAGUGGAACGGGAUGGUGGGUGAACUGGUCUAUGGGAGAGCAGAUAUAGCUGUUGCACCUCUCACUAUUACUCUGGUUCGAGAGGAGGUGAUUGACUUUUCCAAGCCAUUUAUGAGUUUGGGCAUCUCCAUUAUGAUAAAGAAGCCUCAAAAGUCCAAGCCUGGCGUUUUCUCCUUCCUGGACCCACUGGCCUAUGAGAUCUGGAUGUGUAUAGUGUUUGCCUAUAUUGGGGUGAGCGUGGUUCUAUUCCUGGUCAGUCGGUUCAGUCCCUACGAGUGGAACCUCGAGGAUCAGGAUGAGACAAAAGACCCUCAGAUGCCCCCUGACCCUCCCAAUGACUUUGGGAUCUUCAAUUCUCUCUGGUUCUCACUGGGCGCCUUCAUGCAGCAGGGCUGUGAUAUCUCCCCAAGGUCCCUGUCAGGACGUAUUGUUGGUGGGGUGUGGUGGUUCUUCACCCUCAUCAUCAUCUCCUCCUACACAGCCAACCUGGCUGCCUUCUUGACAGUGGAGAGGAUGGUCUCACCUAUAGAGAGCGCAGAAGAUCUGGCCAAGCAAACAGAGAUAGCCUAUGGCACUCUGGACUCAGGUUCCACAAAAGAGUUUUUUAGGCGAUCCAAAAUAGCCGUGUACGAGAAGAUGUGGUCGUACAUGAAAUCGGCUGAGCCCUCAGUGUUUGUUAAGACCACCCCCGAUGGCGUGGCCCGGGUACGAAAGUCAAAGGGCAAGUUCGCCUUUCUCCUGGAGUCCACCAUGAAUGAGUACAUCGAGCAGCGGAAGCCGUGCGACACCAUGAAAGUGGGCGGGAACCUCGACUCCAAAGGCUACGGUGUGGCGACGCCCAAAGGCUCAGCAUUAAGAAAUGCUGUUAACCUGGCAGUUUUAAAACUGAAUGAGCAAGGCCUCUUGGACAAAUUGAAAAACAAAUGGUGGUACGACAAGGGAGAGUGCGGCAGCGGGGGAGGUGACUCCAAGGACAAGACAAGCGCUCUCAGCCUAAGCAAUGUGGCUGGGGUCUUCUAUAUUCUGGUUGGAGGGCUGGGGCUGGCCAUGAUGGUGGCACUUAUAGAGUUCUGUUAUAAGUCACGGCAAGAAACCAAACGGCUGAAAUUGGCCAAAAGUGCCCACAGUUUUAAGCCGACUCCCCCAACCAACACCCAGAACUUUGCCACAUACAGAGAAGGCUACAAUGUAUACGGAACAGAGAGUGUUAAGAUCUAGAGGUUUAGCCAACGUUCCCAUCGUCCCGUACAAAUGUGAUUAAAUAUAUAUGGAAGGACCGGAUAGCGAGAAUGGAGCCAAAAUCCUUUUUCGGGGACGGACUUCGGGCAUGAUGAUCUGCAAAGACGACACGACCGGACCGGUUAUGGGAAGAGCCGAUUUUUCCCCCUCCUCUCAGUGCCUUAAGGAAAGUCCAAUCAAUGCAACGCGUUCACAACGAUAUUGCUUUUUUUUUUUUGCUCGACAGUCACACAAAGGAGAAGAAGUGAGGGGUCAGUUAAGAAUUAGACGUAUAGAAACACAUGUUGACGUGAGAGAAUUAAAGCCAUCAUUUGCGACCCCAAGCACAUUUUGAAGUGCCAGACAGAAGAUGAAUCUUUACGUGACGAGGAUCUGAUUGGUUUCUUGUAUGAGAAGAUUUCGCCUCAUCCUCCUGCUGCCAGAUUUUCACUGGUUAAAUGUAUUCAAAUGUGCUCUUUGUAUGUCCUCAGUGCACUGCCAGACACUGAUUAUUACACUAUUAGCUUUUAUACUGUCGUGAUACACUCGCCCGCCCUCUUUUAAUUGAUUCAUCUUUGAGAAAUGCCAUUUAAAACUGUUCCGAGUGUGUUUGUCGCACUAUUUCGGUGCUGCUGCCCCACACCACAGAACCAGGUCAUGACACGCACUUCCAAUACUGCCAAGUGUGUUUGUAUGUGUGUGUGUGUGUGUGUGUGUGUGUUGUUCACAUCAAGGCAAUCAUGCUUGAAAUACACUAUAUUGCCAAAAGUAUUUGGCCACCCAUCCAAAUGAUGAGAAUCAGGUGUCCUAAUCACUUGUAUAAAAUCAAGCACUUAGGCAUGACUUGUGAAAGAAUGGGCCGCUCUCAGUGAUUUCCAGCGUGGAACUGUCAUAGGAUGCCACCUGUGCAACCAAUCCAGUCGUGAAAUUUCCUCGCUCCUACAUAUUCCAAAGUCAACUUUAUUAUAAGAAAAGUGAAGAGUUUGGGAACAACAGCAACUCAGCCACCAAGUGGUAGGCCACGUAAACUGACAGAGAGGGGUCAGCGGAUGCUGAAGCGCAUAGUGCAAAGACUUUCUGCACGGUCAGUUGCUACAGAGCUCCAAACUUCACGUGACCUUCCAAUUAGCCCACGUACAGUACGCAGAGAGCUUCACGGAAUGGGUUUCCAUGGCCGAGCAGCUGCAUCUAAGCCAUACAUCACCAAGUCCAAUACAAAGCGUGGGAUGCAGUGGUUCCAUCUUGCAAGGUAAUGGACCAGUCUGGGUUUGGAGGUUGCCAGGAGAACGCUACAUUUUUCGGACUGCAUUGUGCCGAGUGUGAAAUUUGGUGGAGGAGGAAUUAUGGUGUGGGGUUGUGAAAGGAACUUUGAAUGCUCCAGGAUACCAAAACAUUUUGGACAAUUCCAUGGGAUGGCACUUCAAGUUCAUAUGUGAGUAAAGGCAGGUUGCCAAACACUUUUGGCAAUAUAGUGUAUACUUGGCAUAUAUUGUGCGUAGGAAAAAAAACCCACGUAAGGUUGCCCACCCUCCAAAAGAUCCUCUUUUUUACAAGGAAGUAAAACCAAAAAAAAUAAAAAUAAAAGGCAAGAUAAACUUCUGAAUCUAACUAAAAGCAAACAGAAAUGGCUUUCAAACUGUGCUAUGUGGUCUAUUUCAUCAGUGUAUUUUUAUAUUUUCUUUCACCUUUUACAAUGAACUGUGCUUUCAUUUUGGUUUCCUUUCAAGAGCAUUACAGUGAUUGGGGAUUUCACUUUGUAAAUUAAAAAACAAAUAAAAUGUGGCACCAAGGAAGGAAGCUUAAUUAGCACAUGUCCAUAUUGCUGUAAUCAUUUAUUUCCCAAAAGGCUGUGAUUCCAUAGGAUUUAGGAAGAUACUUAUUCAAUCACCUAAUACUAUGGGUAAAUAGUUUUGUAAGUAAAAAAAAAACAAAAACAAAAGAUAAUGUGAAGAAAAUGUCGAGAUGUAUAAAUUUAGAUGAACUAUUUAUAUUACAUGAUGAAAGUUUUUUUGUUUUUUUUUAACAAUAAAAUGCAUGUAAUGCUUGAUGAGCUCUACAACUCAAAAUCUGACCUUAGAGUAGAAAUUCAGCCCUCUUUUUUUAUUUAUUUUUUUUAAUGUAAAAUUAGUUCCACCUUUUUCUUUUGUGUAAGACUCACCCUUCUGAGAAAAAAACAAAACAAUAUUACCAGGCAUAGUAGUGGGUGCAAAAGAGCAAAAGAUGCAUGCAUAAUUUACCGAACCUCAUUAGUGAGGCGCUGUACAGAGAAUUUUAAUACAUUUUGUAAAUAAAAUGUACAGAAAGGU